AUGGUCCCAGUUCGCGCGGCAAUGCUUGCUUCCGCGAUGCUACUCGUCGGCGCAACGCUCAGCGGGACUUCAGCUCAAGACUCCCAGAGUUACAUGGUUCGCGACGAUACUGGCGGCCGAAAGUCUUCGGACACUCCAAAUUGGGAAAGUGACAUCGAUGGCGAUGACAAUGGCGGCGGCGGUGGCAAAGAGGGGUUUAGUGAUCUCGAAACCAGAGCAGCAUCAACUGGUGGACGGGGCAGCAAACCGUCCACCGGCGGAGGAAAAGUGCCCGAUGGGACGUGGCCCAAGAGCACUGGUUUGGUUCGGCUCAAGGCACCGCAAGUCAUCAAGGCUGGCGAGGACUUUGAUGGAAAGAUGCGGACAUUCGAGCGAUCGGAUAUCACGUGCCAAGGACAGAACGAGAGAAUGUCGGACACCGCUGUUUUCCUUGUCGAAGCUGGUGGCACGCUCCGAAAUGCCAUCAUCGGCAAGGACCAAAUGGAGGGUGUUCAUUGCGAUGAACAUGACUGCGUGAUUGACAACGUUUGGUGGGAUGACGUCUGCGAGGAUGCGCUCACUAUUCAAAAUGGCACCGCAUCCAGUGUUUCGACGGUCAUCGGUGGCGGCGCUCGCCUGGCCGAAGACAAGGUUGUCCAGCACAACGGCGUCGGUACUGUCAAGAUCGACGGUUUUUACGGAGAAGACAUUGGCAAGCUCUACCGCUCGUGUGGCAAUUGUGGUAAUAGGAUGCGGAAGGUGGAGGUCUCGAAUGUGUACGUCGUGGAUCUGCGGAAAGCCCUCGUGACGGUGAACGAGAACUACAAGGACGAGGCCACGCUGAGCAACAUUUGGGUCACGUCUAACAAGAAAAAAGUGAAGAUCUGCCAGUGGUCGCAGGGCACCACCGCCGGCCGUGAGCCUAAGAUGCUGGGCGAUGGGCCGUCGCCCCCGCUCUGUCAGUACACGAAGAGCGAUGUGCACAUCAACAAAGGCGCACCUUCAGGUGGAAGCUCGGAACCAAGGAAAGGCUCGUCACCGUUUGCGUUCUUGGGUGGUGACAGUGUUGAGCAAGAAGCUGGCGUCGUGUCCCCAGGUGGCGGCGACGACGGCACAAACGGUGGAGAGGACGAAGCUGCUGACGAGGGGGGUGAUGUCGUUGACCAAAGAUAUAGCAAUGACAGAUACGGCGGUGAUGACAAAAAUGGAGGUAAGGACGACCAUGGCGGCGGUGACAAUGGCGGCGGGAAUGGCAAAGAGGGGUUUAGUGAUCUCGAAACCAGAGCAGCAUCAACUGGUGGACGGGGCAGCAAACCGUCCAUCGGCGGAGGAAAAGUGCCCGAUGGGACGUGGCCCAAGAGCACUGGUUUGGUUCGGCUCAAGGCACCGCAAGUCAUCAAGGCUGGCGAGGACUUUGAUGGAAAGAUGCGGACAUUCGAGCGAUCGGAUAUCACGUGCCAAGGACAGAACGAGAGAAUGUCGGACACCGCUGUUUUCCUUGUCGAAGCUGGUGGCACGCUCCGAAAUGCCAUCAUCGGCAAGGACCAAAUGGAGGGUGUUCAUUGCGAUGAACAUGACUGCGUGAUUGACAACGUUUGGUGGGAUGACGUCUGCGAGGAUGCGCUCACUAUUCAAAAUGGCACCGCAUCCAGUGUUUCGACGGUCAUCGGUGGCGGCGCUCGCCUGGCCGAAGACAAGGUUGUCCAGCACAACGGCGUCGGUACUGUCAAGAUCGACGGUUUUUACGGAGAAGACAUUGGCAAGCUCUACCGCUCGUGUGGCAAUUGUGGUAAUAGGAUGCGGAAGGUGGAGGUCUCGAAUGUGUACGUCGUGGAUCUGCGGAAAGCCCUCGUGACGGUGAACGAGAACUACAAGGACGAGGCCACGCUGAGCAACAUUUGGGUCACGUCUAACAAGAAAAAAGUGAAGAUCUGCCAGUGGUCGCAGGGCACCACCGCCGGCCGUGAGCCUAAGAUGUUGGGCGAUGGGCCGUCGCCCCCGCUCUGUCAGUACACGAAGAGCGAUGUGCACAUCAACAAAGGCGCACCUUCAGAAACUGGUACUGAUGACAAAAGUGGUGGCCACGGCGGAGUAAACAAGAGCAAGGGGGGAGACGAUGAUGGCAACGAAAAGGAAGGGGGUGGUACCAAGAACGAGGAUAAGGAGGACGAUGAGGAUGGCAAGAAGGACAAGAAAGAGAGCGAGGAGGAGGUCGCCGCAUCGAAGUACAGUAUCCGCCGCAGGAGGAACUAG